AUGGUCGAGAACAUGUAUCAGGAGGAGGACGAGCUGCAGAGGCUGAGUCUGGUGAAGGACCUGCACGAGGAGGACACCACAGAGCUGACCGAGCCCACAGAGGACCUGUUCCUCAGUGUGGACGAGUCCCAGGCGAACCACAGUGGCCACGGCUCCAUGCACUCUCUGGACGUGGACGUGGGAGCAGGGACCCCUGUGGAGUUCUGCAGGGACAGCCUGAGGAGGGUACAGUCCACCGACAGCCUGGGCUCCAGCGGGUCCCCACAGCAGGGCCUGGGCAAGGCCAAGUCCUCCAGCCACCUGGACGAGUCUGACUUUGGCCCCCUGGUGGGCGCAGAUGGUCUGGUGGACAGCAGCCUUGGAGACUCCUCCUCUCUCAGCUCUGUGAAGUUACCAGCCACACACUUCCUGCUGACCAAAGACCAGGAGAAAGCCAUCAAAGCCAUGACCCCGGAGCAGGAGGAGACGGCCUCGCUGCUCUCCAGCAUCUCCCAGGCCCCAGACACCGGCUUCCUGCCUCCAGGCUACAGGCUGGUGAGCGACAGCGAAUGGAGCCUGCUGCAGCAAGAGCUGAAGAACGCAGGUCGAAAGCUUGGCCGCAGGUGUGAGCUUUGUUCCAACUACGAGAAGCAGCUGCAGGCGAUUCAAGGCCAGGAGGCAGAGACACGGGACCAGGUGAGACUCUGA